AUGAACUUCGACAUUCAGAGUGAGUCAACUAUUGUAGUCAACACAUUUGGAGGGAGAGCAGAAAAAAGAAAAUCGAAAAGAGUUAUCACUCGUUUAUAUAAUACCGAAGAGGAUAGCAUUGAAGCUGAACUGUUAACAAGUGAUCAACUAACACCCCCUCUUCAAGUGGGUCCCAUACCUCAUCAGGGCGAGAUCUUUAUUAGAGAACAUCUCCUAAACGACGAGGCUCAACGUAUCCUGCACGGGCUCAGCGGAACAGUUGUCCCUGAAACACUUCUCCGUAUGGACUACUUCAGCACAAUUAUGAAGCUUCAUAAACCUGUGAUUCAACUACCUUCCGGACUGUUCCUUACACCGACCAUGUUCGGACCAAUACUCUCAGGAGUAGCACAUGAUGAUCACGAACAGUCUGAUAAUGAUAUUGGUAUGCAGACAUGCACGGCGUUCAACUUAAGUCAAAACGAGAUGGACAUUUCUGAGUUCGGAGACUCAACGCAAUCGGUUUAG